CUUGUGGCAGGAAUUAAAUUAGGUUUUGUUUCCGUUAAUUUUCAGUCUGUCUAACGUUUUGGGCCUGCAUCUUGGUAGGGCGACAGUUUGCUUCAAGCCUCAAGUAUCUUUGUCCAAAUAACUGGAGUGAAGAGUUGUUUUGGAGCUGUUUUGCUGCUCCUGGAUCUGGACCAAGAAUUCUGCUCUAAAGGGAAAAAGUCCAGGAAACCCAAGAGUUUAAGAAUUGAGAUAACUGUGGCUCAGUGAUAGACGAUGUAUUUCUGGAUGCUACAGUUAACACAAAGCCAUGGCAGCGGUAGUUCUACUUUUUCUCAUCUCCUUGCUGGAUUUGGUUGAAGGUGCUGAAAAUCGGUUUGUGAGGUCUGGAUCGAACCUUCUACUGGAAGCAACGACAACUGAAUUAGGAGAAAAUGAAGAGUUUAUUUGGAAGUUUAACACCACUAUCAAUCUUGUAAAAUUCAAAUCUGGUGGGAAGCCUGCCAUCUUCUAUGUAGAAAGAACAGUUUUUUCUAAAGAUAACUACUCUUUGCUAUUGAGAAAUAUGCAACACAGUGACACUGGAGACUAUAAGGGAAUAAUAAGUGGAUUAAAAGACAAAAUUGUAGCUGAAUACACAGUCAUUGUCCAAGAUCCAGUGUCUCCAGUGAAUUUAACAAUGACCCCCAGUGACCCCAGCUACUGUAACUUCACUGCAACAUGUAGAAUAAAGGAUUCUCAAAUUAGUGAAUCUUUUCAAUGUGAAAAUAAAACCUGCCAUUUAGUGGACCAAACACACCUGAAGGUCUCAUCUCUGAAGGUCUCUGUAGAGGAAAGCUCCAUCAUCUGUAACCAUAGCAACCAAGUGAGCUGGGAAAAGGAUGUAAAGAAUGUUUCGUCUCUCUGUGAAAAUCCACCAGUUCUCAACACAGCCACCAUAGUUGGGAUAACAGUUGGAGCAUUACUGCUGGUAUCUAUUAUGUGCUCUGUGCUCAUAAUAAUGUGUAAAAGAAAGAGGAGCGCAAAUACAGUGUAUGAAGUUCCUCAGGAAACUCCACUGCCUAACCCAUAUGCAAAUCCUGCAGAAAUUACUGAAUCUCCUUCUCCAACAUCAACGUAUGCCCUGGUGCAGCUUCAUAGUCGUCCUGUGCAAAGCAAUGUCACCAGUACCUCCACAAACCUGCAGCCUGAAGCAAUUUAUGCCCAAGUUGACAGAGCUGCCAAGUCCAACUCAAAACCUGCUGCAGUCAACAGGUGACAAAAAAGAAAAUCAAAAUGGAAAAUGUAUAUAACUGUGUUUUAACUGUGCCAAAAAUGAUCAUGAACUCCCACUGUGAACCAGCUUUUAAAUGUUUUUAUAGAUUUAAUUUUACUUCUAUUUAGUGAUGGAACAGUAAAAUUUGGGAAAUUCUUCAAUCCUUCACAAACUUAAAAGUAAAGAUUUUAGAGCUAAGAGAUUUACAGUUAUCAUGACGAAUAUCAGUAAAAAAUAUGGUAUAUUUUGCUAUCAUAUCAAAAUAUUGUUAACUCCAAAAUGCGCUCUCUUGAACUUUUAGUAUUUUAUUUUUCUGUUUGUGAAAUUCCAAGUGUUGUGAUUUUUCCACAUUUUUGUAUUCUAAACUUGUUGCCGCAGAGUAACACCUUUUGUUUGUGUAUUUUCAUAAUUUCUGCUUUAAACAACCCCUCCUGUUUCUCUGGAAAUAAGUUAAUGAUCUGAAAAUGUAAAUAAUAUUCAUCGAACUAUUGUCGUGUAAAACUGCAGCAUUUACCCAAGUGGUAAAAAUGUAAUUGUAUUUAAAGAUUUUCUCACGUUUAGUUCUUGAUCUUGUUGUUCUUGUCUGUACUGCAGUUGCAUGCAUCACCAUAAGAGGAAGAGCAACAAUGUGAGACAAAGAAAUGUCUAACCAUUAUUUGAACCUUUGGAAAAUAUGUGUAAAAGGCUUGAAAAUACAUUUCAUUUGUUCAUUUGUAUUGUUCAAGCAAAAAUUUUACCUUGUCUGCUUUCCUCGUUGCCUUUGUGUCCUCAACUAAAUUAUGACAAAAGGGUCAAACAAAAAUAGUCAAUUUCAGAUGUGCUGAUAGUUUUAAACUGGCCAUCAGAACAACAAAGGACUGAACUUCUAAUAGAGAGGAAAAGCAACACUGAUUUUUAAAUUUAUGUUAACAUUAGGAGGGGUUUCAGAUGAGCUGAUCAGCUUCAUGACAGCAGAGAUAAAUCACCUCUAUUAAAAGCUAUAGACAACAAAAAUUUAUUUUACUGAAAUAGGACUAGUGCAUGUUAUUUUAGAAAGGUUCUUGUAAGAUAAAAAAACC